GCGGGGGCCGCGGCGGCCUGGGUAUUUGCAUGGGCUGAAGGCAAAGCGUCUUCAUCGGUGACAGUCUGUUUUUAUUUUUAGCUGGCCGCUCAGCUCGCGUUGCAGGGAGGGAACGAGGCUGGCUCCCGGCGGGGCAGCAGGACGCGGACACCAGCAGAGAGGUUACCGCAGGCGAGCGGCAGUCAGCCAGGCUGCAAGCUGCCCCGAGGCAGGGAGCAGCGGCCUCUCGCUCCCCUAGUCAGAGGAUCUGCCUGGGGGGUCGCUCGGCUCUUCCGCGCGAGCCUCCUGCAGCGGAGGCACCGGCAAGGCUUUGCAAAUGGCCAGCUCUCGGCUAGAGCUGGAGGAAAUUCAGCCUCUGCAGCAGGACGCUGCCCGUCCUGAGCCAGCCGUCGCCGAGGCGCGGCACUGGAUCGAGCAAGUCACAGGCAGAAGUUUUGGUGACAAAGAUUUUCGGUCUGGAUUAGAAAAUGGUAUUCUGCUGUGUGAGUUGCUGAAUGCAAUAAAGCCUGGACUGGUAAAAAAGAUCAAUAGGCUGUCAACCCCUAUUGCUGGGUUGGACAACACUAUCUUAUUCUUAAGAGGCUGCAAAGAGCUGGGGCUUAAAGAAUCUCAACUUUUUGACCCGGGUGACCUUCAGGACACAUCAAACAGAAUAACAGUCAGGAACAUUGAAAACAGUAGGAAGCUGAAAAAUGUCCUAGUUACCAUUUAUUGGCUGGGGAAAGCAGCAAACAGAUGCACUUCAUACAGUGGAGCAACACUGAACCUGAAGGAGUUUGAAGGAUUGCUGGCACAGAUGAGAAAGGAAACUGAAGAUAUUGAGAGUCCCAAACGCAACAUUCGUGACAGUGGUUAUAUUGAUUGUUGGGACUCUGAACGCAGCGAUUCCCUUUCCCCCCCUCGCCACGGCAGAGAUGAUUCCUUUGACAGUCUGGAUUCAUUUGGUUCCCGCUCACAGCAGACACCGUCUCCAGAUGUAGUACUCAGAGGAAGCAGCGAUGGGAGAGGGAGUGACUCUGAGUCUGACUUGCCACACCGAAAGAUGCCAGAUGUGAAAAAAGAUGAUAUGUCUGCAAGGCGGACGUCGUAUGGCGAACCUAAAUCAGUUGUGCCUUUUAACCAGUAUCUCCCGAACAAGAGUAACCAGACUGCCUAUGUACCAGCUCCUCUUCGGAAAAAGAAAGCUGAACGAGAGGAGUACCGGAAGAGCUGGAGUACUGCUACUUCACCACUUGGAGGAGAGAAGCCUUUCAGCAAAAACCAUCCAGAAACCAUAGAAGAACAAAAUGAGGCACCAGGACAACAUGAAGAGGAGCAGGUGGGAUGCAUGGCUUCCAGGACAAACCCCAGUAAAAGUCAAGUAGAUUUGAAUCAAAACAAAGGAAAGACUAUAGGUCAGUUUCCUUCAGGUAGCGCCAAAGAAACUGCAGUGCACAAGUGCAAAGAGAAGGAUGCAGAGGAAAUCAGAAAGUUAAGAAGGCUUGAACAAGCUGGUAUUAAGGUCAUGCCAGCCGCACAACGCUAUGGCAGAUUCGGCCCCAGAACUGCUGUGUCUGAUGACGCAGAGAGUGUGAGUAUGUUUGACAUGAGGUGUGAAGAUGAAGCUGUGAUGCAGCCUCACAGCAAGGCUCGCCAUGAAAAGCUACAGCAUAUUCACAACCAACUGAAAGAGGAUGAGGAUAGAUGGCAAGAUGAUCUGGCACGGUGGAAAAGUCGGAGAAGAAGCGCUUCACAGGACCUAAUUAAAAAAGAAGCAGAGAGAAAGAAGAUGGAAAGGUUAUUGAGUGGCGGUGAUGGAACAAGUGAGCGAAGGAAAAGUAUCAAGACUUACAGAGAAAUUGUGGAGGAGAAAGAGAGAAGAGAAAAGGAGCUGCACGAAGCCUACAAGAAUGCCAGGUCACGUGAGGAAGCGGAGAGCAUUCUCCAACAAUACAUUGAAAGGUUCACCAUUAGCGAAGCUGUCCUUGAACAUUUAGAGAUGCCAAAAAUUCUGGAAAGAAGCCAUUCAGUGGAGCCAAAUUCAUCAUCACCACCGAAGGACCCAAAUCCUAUGAGAUACUUACGGCAACAAUCGCUGCCUCCUCCAAAAUACACUGCCACUAUUGAAGCAACCAUUGUUCCCAUCAGUGAAUCAGAAGCCACUGUUUCAACAGGCCAGACAUCUCCAAGCAAAACUGUUGUCUCCAAGGCUGUGCCUGUGCUGACACCUAAGCCUUAUGCACAACCCAAAAACACGCAGCAGGUCUUGAAAACAUUUAAGGUAGAUGGAAAAGUCAGCAUGAAUGGCGAAACUUUCAAUGGACUUGAAGAGAAGGAUAAAGAAUGUACAACAGUGAUAUUUGCUCCUUUACUAAGAAGAUCUCCAAAGUUUGAACGGGUGGCCAGAGUGGAUGGAUCCCCGGUGGAACUGAAGCAGGACACCACUAGCGUUGAGCUCAGUUUAAAGAGGCCUGCCACUCACACUGUGCACAGAGAGCUGACAGCCUCCUUCACUGAAGACAUUAAACCAGCCAACCAAAAAGAUGAAACGGAUUCUGGAAGGCCAGAAAUGAUGAAUUCAGGGUUUGCUUCACCAGCUGCAGAACAGAAACAAUUCAAGACAACUGUUACUUGUGCCCGCCCUGCUGUGCCCAGCAUGGAGUUCCCUCCUAGCACCCAUUCUGAAGAAGCAGCUUCAAAAGAUAAAGAUCUGAAGAAACCCGAGACAGAACAACAGAAGGAAGCAGAGAUCCUAGUUACAGAGAAGGUAGUGAAGUCAAAGGCUCCAGAACAAGAAGGGAGUAUAUUAUUUCCAUUUUUGAAGAAAGUACCUGAGACCAGCCAAGUUAUUCUGCAGAACUCUGAUCAACAAGCGGAUUCUGAUAAUAGUGACAAGUCAAAUCAUUUCAGUUUCUGGUCCUGGGAUCCGGAAGAGGAACGAAAGCGACAGGAAAGAUGGCAGCAUGAACAGGAACGCUUGCUUCAGGAGAGGUACCAGAAGGAGCAGAACAAGCUGAAAGAAGAAUGGGAAAAAGCACAGAAAGAAGUUGAAGAGGAGGAGCGUAGAUACUGUGAGGAGGAGCGCAAGAUAAUUGAGGAUACUGUAGUUCCAUUCACGGUUUCUUCAAGCUCUGCUGAACCCCUCUCCACUUCUUCCUCUGUCAGUGAAGGAAAUGGGAUAAUGACUAUGAUGGAACUGAGCAAUUCUCAUGAGGAAGAGAAACAAAAGGAAAUUAAAAGAGAGAAGAAAUUACCCUGGGAGCAGGAGAGUGCAUCAUUAGCCAAAAACAAGAGAAGUGAACCAUGCCUGGAAAAGAAAAGCAGUGUAAAUAAAGUGCCCACAGAACAUCCAGAGACUAUUCUUCAGACGGAAAGUGAGCAGGAUCACCAGGUGUCAGUGACGGAGCGCAGCUCACCAGUCAUACUGAAUCUACCAUUGACUCAGGAUGUGUCGUGGAGUCAGCAGUUGUUAACGAAACAGUCACCACACAUUUCAGAAGAAGUUAGACAGAAAACAUCUCUGGAUCAGAGCAUAGACCAGCAGGAUAAUUCCCCAGGUGAAAGGAGAAGGACAGGCUAUCAUGAGAAUUUCAGGCCUGGGCUGUCAUCUCCAUGUUCUCCUACACCUCAAAACCACUCACCCAACAGGUAUCAAAGGUCUGUCAGUGGAAAGAAACUAUGUUCUGCCUGUCGGCUUCCUCUUGGAAAAGGAGCUGCCAUGAUUAUUGAAACACUUGGUCUAUAUUUUCACAUUCAUUGCUUCAGGUGUGGAAUUUGCAAGGGACAGCUUGGAGAUGCAGCAAGUGGAACUGAUGUCAGGAUUAGAAAUGGUCUUCUCAACUGCAAUGAUUGUUACAUCAGAUCCAGAACUGCUGGGCAGCCAACAACGUUGUGACAGGAAUUUCAGUCCUAAAAACUUGCUGCAAGGAGCUUCCCCAUCAUGUCCCUGGGGCUGCUUCCAGACAAUCACUUGUAAGAGCUCAUAUCCAUGGACUUCAUAGCUCCCAUCUCAUUUUGUAAUGCUCAUAUAAAAGGCUGCAUCUGCUACUUUAAAGCGCAGUAUGAUUUUUCCCUUUCUUAAUGAAUUUGCAUAAUAUGUAUGAAGAACAUUUGGUAAUUCGUAUCUGAAAUAUUAAAAAAGAGGAUUUCCAUAUUUUCCGAUAUGUUUAUGAUUUAAAAUCUGUCAUUUUGGUCUUUUCAAAGUCAGAAAAGAUUCAAUAAAUCUAUUUUGUUUUAAUACUUCUAGGAAUUAAAAUAAGUUUACAGAAUGUUUAUGGAAGUUCUAGAAUAUGUCAAUUCGAGAUGAGAUUAUUUAAAGAUAGCAUCAAAUUAGUGCAUUUGCAAAACUAAACAUCACAAGUGACUUUUCUGUUAUUACUGAAACUAUUAACUUUUUUACACAAAGACACUAGUUUAAUAAUACAUACUGUAAUUCUGAAACAUUUUGUUUUAUAUUAUCUUCAGUGGAGGGUAGGAGUUAUACAAAUAAAUUAUUGCACCUUUAGCAUUAGGAUUUUUUUUCAGUAUGUGUAUACAUCAAGUAAUGUUCAACACUAUAGUUUAAUAGUCUAUCAAAUAAAGAUUUCUUCAUUAACCUUGAAAGAGUGUAUGCCAUUAGCAAUUGCAAAAAUCCACGCUAGGAUAAUAAAGAGGAAAUCUUUUCUUAACAUGUACAGAAUUAUACAAUACUACCAAAUUCUUGGGGGGCUGACGUGGAUGAAGCUGAAUCUACCAGAGGUGGGUUGGUGGUUGUUGGUACAGCUAAACGGAUCUACUGGCUUGUAAUUUUCUCAUGGCCAGUAGAGUUGUUACAAAUGAAUUAGCAGAUCUUAUGAAUCUGAUAUCUUAAUGAGAUUCUAUGUAGUAGAAAUACAUUUACAAACCAGACAGGUUGAUUUGGUUCCCAUAAAGGGUCAAUAUAAUUAGAAUGUGUCAAACUAUAAACAGCUGUGAUUCAGUGCAGUACAUCAGUGGUCCUGAACCUGUGUUCCUUGUAUAUACAACUCUCAUUACAGUCAGUGGGAUUUGUGAGUGUAUAAAGAAUGCAGGAUGAGGUCCAAUCUGUAACACUUUACAAAAAAACCCAACAAAACUAUUAAGCACAUUUGGGUCAGUUGCACUCUGUGCAUUAUCAUAAAUAUAUUCUACUGUUAGUGCAUACCAGUAGCUCCCUGAAAUAGAAACUGAAGCUGUGGGUGUAUAGAUCAAGAAUAUACCCUAAAAUUUAGCUCACACAUUACAGUUGUAAAAUAUUACAGUACUGAUUUCUAACUGUACUACAUGGUGAAUUUUAGCAGGCUGAUAAAGGAGAAGUUAUUCAAAAAAUCACACUUAGCAGCUUAAGAUGUGAUUUAAAAUGAAAAAAAAAUCUAUUUAUUCUGCCUUAAAACCAUGGUCAACUAAAUUAAGAGAUUCCUUAUUGUAUGUGACAGAAUAUGUACACAUCCAUUGUCUUUUGAUGUUGGUAAAAGGAAAUAAAGUGGAUAUUAGGUAAGCAAUAAUUUUUUCUAAGUGUUUAUAUUGAUAGCAUCUAUUUAUUUAAAAUGCUAGACAGUUCUUUGCGUGCAAGUUGCAUGCUCAUGCAAAAAUACUUUGUCACUGAAAACAUUUGCACAAUGUUGUAAUUUUAAGACGUUGCUGUCUAAUAGAAAGUUACACAUUAUUUCAUUAAAACUGUGCCUUAGAAAAUGCGAAGUUGUUGCACAUAGUGGUGACUUAUGGAUGCAAUAAAUCCCAAGAGUAAAGCUCACAGGACUUCACAUGGGGGUUAUUUUAUUUUUAAAAAACCCUACAAAAAUAUUAAAGAAACGUUUGGAUAUAUAGAGCAACAUCCAAUGUUUUGAUUAACCAUUUGCAUGAUUUACUGUUAAAUGUUUUGAUAACCUUGAUGUUUACAUGUUUACACUUUGCAUGUUGUCAUCAUAAUACUUUAUUGCAAAUAAUGCACAAUAUGAAAAUUCAAAAUACAGAUUUUUAUAAAGUACUUUUUACAGCUGUCUAACUCCAAUUGUUACACUAAAGGUAUGUGAAUGUAUUAUAUUCUGGGCAUAAUUUUCAAAACAUGACUUCUAUUUUUGCAUGCUUGAGUGUGAACAUUUAAUAUUUAGUCAUUAACACUUAUGCACACAGGUGAUAAGAUUUAGAUGUAUAAAUCAGUCACCUGAGUGUACAAGUGAAGUCAGUGGUAAACUCCCAGUGAUUUUAGCAGAAGCAUGACUGGAGCCAAAAUGCAUGUGCAAAUUGGAGUUUUUAUGUGCAGAGUUGCAAACGCACAAAUGGAUCUCUGAUUGAAGCCUCUUGAAAAUGUAGCCCUCCUUUCUCUCAUUUUUUCGUAUAUACAUAUUUUAGUGUGGCUAAUUGUAUAUGUACCAAAACUAAUGUAAAGCAAAACAAAGCAGCAUUCUUAGACCACAAGGGUUUUUCCAUAAUGAACAACUGGUCACCAGCACAGAACAUUUUCUAAAUGCUAAUUGCCAAUGGUUUGUUAAUAUUUGAUUUAUUUUUUCAUUUGGAGACUGUUACAUGGCAGUUCAAGCAGGCUAAGGCCUAGCUUUUUCCAAUUCAAACAUAAGUUUUGAAAUAUUUUUCUUUUUCUUUUCUUUUUUCUUUUUCUGUUUUUUUUCUUUUUAUUUGUUUGUGGUUGCAGGAAAAAUAAUGCUUUACUUACACUGAGCUACCAUGUAAAUGUGUUUGUUUCACAGUGAUGUAUUGUUGCUGAGCAAGUACAAUAUAAUGUUUUUUAGCUCUUGCAAAAGCUUAUUUACCACCUUGUAACAUCAGAGAACAUUGAUAACUGUCAUGGCCAUUUUAUGUAUUUUGCUGCCAAACUUUCAUCCUGGUUUUCCUUACUCCUGCUCUGUAGCGUUAUUGAUGGAAUACAUACUAUAGCUAGCCUAUACAUGACAUAAUGGUUGGUGAGCUAAAACGGAUCCACCUUAUAUGCAAGCCCAAUCAAGGACAAGAAUUACUGUCCUAGUUGGGCUAAUGUUCCAUAUAGUUACACUAAUCUUCACUUACAAUAUUUAUUCUAAAAUGCCUCUGGAAAAUAGGGGAAAAUGGUCUAGGAUGCAACAGCUUUUAUAGUUAAUGUAUGUUUAUAAAUAAAAUGUUGAAUAAAUUGGGUGCAGUGU